CAUAAUUCCAGCCCUCAUUUCGACCGCACAAACCCUUCCUCACCCUCUCGUCGACAAAAAUGGCUGCCAAUGCUGCAGAUGAAGCCGAAAUGAAGUCCAUUGAAGAGCAACCCCAGCACCAGAAGCCAUUAGACCAUCCUGAUUUUGUUGAUAGAAGACCCAAAAAAAACAAGUAUGCUUUGAUAUGUGCACUUCUCGCCUCCACAAACUCCAUCCUCUUAGGCUAUGACAUUGGUGUUAUGAGCGGUGCAGUGCUUUUUAUCAAGGAAGACCUAAAGAUUUCGUCUGUUCAGGUGGAGAUUUUAGUGGGUAUUUUGAAUGUUUUCUCUUUAGUCGGUUCUCUAGCUGCUGGGAAAACCUCCGAUCUAAUAGGAAGAAGAUACACCAUAGUCCUGGCUGCAGCCACAUUUCUAAUUGGGGCUCUUUUGAUGGGGCUGGCGCCGUCUUUCCCAGUUCUCCUAUUGGGCCGCAUUAUCGCCGGAAUCGGAGUCGGAUACUCCCUCAUGAUUGCCCCAGUUUACACCGCAGAGAUCUCCCCUGCCAUGUCGCGCGGCCUUCUCACGUCCCUCCCCGAAGUAUUCAUCGUCUUGGGAAUCCUCCUCGGCUAUAUUAACAAUUACACCUUCUCGACUUUGCCCCGUCACCUAAAUUGGCGACUAAUGCUUGGUUUCGCGGCAAUUCCGGCAAUCGCAAUUGGGUUCGGCGUCACCGCCAUGCCAGAAUCGCCACGUUGGCUGGUCAUGAAAGGCAGAGUCGCCGACGCUAAACGGGUUUUGACCAAAGUAUCGGGUAGCGAGGAGGAAGCCAAGUUCAGACUCGACGAGAUAACAAAAGCCGCCGGUUUCGAUUCAGCAGCUAACGCCGAUUGGCAUGGACAGGGGGUUUGUAGAGAACUAAUCCUCCAUCCAUCUCGACCCGUUCGCCGGAUUCUCGUCGCCGCCAUCGGAAUCAACUUCUUCAUGCAAGCCUCUGGCAACGACGCCGUCAUAUACUACUGCCCGGAAGUGUUCCGUUCCGCCGGAAUCACCAACAAACGGCAGCUUUUCGGAGUGAAUGUCAUCAUGGGAAUAGCAAAGGCAACUUUUGUCGUUAUCUCAGCGCUUUACCUGGACCGGUUCGGUCGGCGGCCUCUUCUGUUAUUGGGCUCAACUGGGAUGGCCCUUUCUUUAUCUGUCUUGGGCCUGGGCUCAACGUUUCUGGAGCAUUCUAACAGCAAGCCUAUCUGGGCUAUAGUUCUGUCUAUUGUGGCUGUUUGUGCGUUCGUUUCCUUCUUUUCAAUUGGGCUUGGGCCUAUCACUUGGGUUUAUUCCACCGAGAUAUUUCCAUUGAAGCUAAGGGCCCAGGGGGCGGGCCUGGCGAUUUCGGUGAACAGAUUGGUUAGUGGGGUGGUGUCCAUGACGUUUCUGACCAUUUCCAAGAAGAUAACAUUCGGGGGAAUGUUCUUUGUGCUGGCCGGAAUAAUGGUGGUGGGAACGGCGUUCUUCUAUUUCUUCUUGCCGGAGACCAAAAACAAGAGUUUAGAAGAAAUUCAGGCUCUUUUUGAGGAUAAGGGUGACAGUGAUGGUGGGGGAGGGGCGGAAAUGAGAGAAAUUUGAAGUUGAUAUCUGCAAUUGCAGGAUCAUGCCUUGGGACCAAAAUGCUUUGUAGUGGCAGGCUGGCUGCAUCUAACUUUUGAGAAUGGUUUUGUUUUUCUGGGUGGAUUGAUGGCACAGAAAGUGCUAGAAAACUUCUUCAGUUGUGCAAUGGGCUUCUUCUCUAGUGGUGUCAUUAGGUUAAUUAUUUAGAUAUUAGAACUACGUAUUAUUUUCAAAAUUUUCAGUAUUAAUCCCAACUCAGUCAUUCCCCUCCCUGCCCUGUAAUUAC